ACGAGCGCAUCGAGAGCAGCAUCGCAGGGGGCGGGCGACGGGCGGUGGUGGCGUCCGAGGUUGCGGGCCAUCCCGCCCGCAAAGCCCAUCGACGGCAAGUACGCCGCCAGCUGGGCCUCGGCGCCUUCGGAGCCCGUCGCCAGCUGUGUGGACCUGCCCGUCAGACUGAAGGCGGAGCAGGUCUUCGACGACAGCAUGCCCUUCGUGGCCUUGUCCUGGGAGUCCGCGAACAUGGAGUGGCUUCGACAGUUGAUGGACGGCGGUGGCGGAGAGGCCCCUGUCAGCAACCCAUUCGAGGCGCUGCCUGGGCUGCUGCCAGUCAAGGCACAGGUACGCUGGCGUCUGAUGCGUAAGCUCCGGUCUGACGGGUCGCUGCCGUCGGAGCUGCCCACCGACGUGGUGUCGCCGGCGGUCGACGGCCUCUCUUGCGGGAGCGGGUCCUUCCGCUUCGAGGACGGCGUCUGGAGGCUGGACUACCGCGAUGCCCUGCAGGGCGUGGCCGCGCGCUUCUCGGUGCGGGUGGGCACGUGCUACCGCUGGUCGCCCUGGUCGGAGUGGACGGCAGAGGUCGAGGUGGAGGUUCCCGAGCCGAGCUGCCCAGGCGCAGAGGUGGGCGAGCGGUCUCCAGAGAUCUCCCUCCGCUCGCUGGGCGACAGGGAGGUCGAGAUCGCUUGGCCUCCGUUCGGCACUGAGGGCAUCCUCUCGAAGGUGGAGUACCGAGUGAUGGUCUGCGUGGUGCAGGGCCCGACGGACGACGCUCCUGCAUGGGAUGCGCACGGCUUCGUGGCGGUGAUCCUGCACGAGGCCUGGUCGUCGAACGAGCUCUCGACCGUCGUGCGCGGUCUGCACCCGAACACCUGGUACAUGAUUCGCAUCGACACACGCCACUGCUUCGUUGGCAAGCGCACCUAUUCUGCCAGCAAGGCGUUCUCCGCACCGUUUCGCACCACCUUUCCUCGCAGCCCACCACUGCAGCCCAUGCCAGUGGCCGAAGGCGGGCACCUCUUUCCAGACAGGUUUGUGCAGCCGUCCCAGAAGGAUGCCGCCAACUUGAUGCUAGGUGUGUCUGAAGAAGACGUGAGCAAGAGGCCUUGCAAGGCGCCGUACGACUGGUCCAGCUGGCCUUGGGUUGCCCUCCGCGUGGAGCGCAGCUACCUCUCGGAGUACACGAUUGAAUACAAAGAUGCAUUUGCAGCGGGAGAAGAGGCCGGUGCCGAGUACUACCAGGGCUGGCAAAGGCCGGAGGCCUUAGAAGUGGCGGACGACGGCGGCGCAGCCGAAGGGGGCCAUGACGACGGCUGGCAGGUUGUCCGGGUCGGCCUCGGCGCUUCCGCGCCAGAGUCGGUGGUGUGCCGACUCGUCAACAAGGUGCCCCUGGUUGACAUCUCCCCCAUGCGCUGGAGCGUGGCGACGCAGCCCCUGGUGCCCUUCCUUGCCCCCGUCUCCUUCAGCAUGCCAUCCGUCUGGGGCCAGGUCAGCGACGGGAGCUUCCGCCUCGCGCUCCGCUUCUUCCUGCAGCCGGCGCCCACCCAGCCCGGCGAGCAUGCGGAGCCGCUGGCGCAGGCGCCCCCGCUGGCUGCACCGCCGGCGCCCCUGCCGGGGCACCGCUUCGCCUCGCGCUACCAGCUGCGCCUGCGGCCGGGGCGCGAGCGGGAGGAAGGCAGAAGCCCCAGAAGCGAAAGCAAUGGCACGAGCUGCAGAAGGGCCCGCACCAUGCCCGCGGAGAAGACUGCUGACGGCGCCCUGGUGCUGCAGCAGCACAGGGAGGACGCGGUCACCGCCGUGCCCUCACCGCAGCCCUGGCAGGAGUGGACGGAGCUGGCGCCACAGCUGCUGCCGCAGCCGUGCAUCCCGCGCGGGGUAGACGGCUCGGGGCCGGCGCCCGACGUGGACCUGGGCGCGCUGGCGAGGAGCUCGCCCGACGCGCAGGCAACGCUCGCCGACCUCACCGCGCGGCUGGGUUGGCGUGGCGCCCGGUACGAGGUGGAGCUCGACCCGGCCGCCUCCGAGCUGCUGCCGCUGAGGCGGCGCCUCGCCCACGGCGAGCCCCUGGAGCUCGAGGUGCGCGUCGGCAGCGAGCACCGCUGGUCUGCGUGGGCUUCGCCGGGCCAGGCGCCCUUCCGGCUGCUCGCGCCCGCGCCGCUGCCCGCGCUGGAGGGCCAGUUCGAUUGCGAGGCCAUCAGCGCGACCCAGCUGUCCCUGUCCUGGGAGCCGUUCGAAGGCUCCCCGGCGUCACGCGCGUGGAGUACGUCGUCCGCGCCGUGCCCGAGUUCGACGACGCCGGGGGCGAGGGCGACGACACCUCCGCCGAGGGCGCGGGCGCCGUCGAGGUGGUGGUCGAGGAGGCCCAUGCGGCGCGGCAGACGCUGGAGGAGCUGCUGCAGACCCGCGAGGCGAGGCGCUUCCUUGACGGCACCACCGCCGUGGAGCUCCCGCGGCUGCUGGACACCGCGCGCGCGACUGCCGGCCGCGAGCGCGAGGCCGACCGGGACCCUGGCAGCGCGGUGCGGGCGGACAUCUGCGGGCUCCUCCCGUGCACACGGUACGCGGUGA